CCCCUGUGCCCAGGACCCGCGGCACCACGGCCAUGUCUCUGCCGGGGAGCAGACGCUCAUCCACCGGAUCACGAAGGUGAAUACGCACAGGGAGCAGCAGCGGUGACCAGCCAGGGCCACAGCAGGGCAGGGAGCAGCCCAGGGAUGCAGCUUUGAGGAUUCGGGGCAUUGCAUGUCGCUGGAUGCUGCCCACAGCUCCCCGACCCCGCAUGGAGCACCCCCAGCACAGCACCCGUCCGUCUCUUCGCGGGCUUUAUGGACGGAGUGGUUUUGCCUCCUUCUUUAAGUCGUCAGCGCCCUCAGCCACUCGGCCUGAGACACAGCCUCUUCUCCCUGCCUCCAGGCGCCCCUCGCCCCCCGGGAGGGACACCUACGGCACCUCCUCGCUGAGCAGCAGCAGCAAUUCUGGCUCCUACAAGGGCAGCGACAGCAGCCCCACCCCAAGGCGCUCGGCCAAAUACAACCUGUGCAGUGACAACCAUGGCAUCAAACCACCCACACCAGAGCAGUACCUGACCCCACUGCAGCAGAAGGAGGUUUGCAUCCGGCACCUGAAGGCCCGCCUGAAGGACACGCAGGAGCGGCUGCAGGACAGGGACGCUGAGAUCGAGGACCUGAAGACGCAGCUGUCGCGGAUGCAGGAGGACUGGAUCGAGGAGGAGUGCCACCGCGUGGAGGCCCAGCUGGCGCUGAAGGAGGCCCGCAAGGAGAUCAAGCAGCUGAAGCAGGUGAUCGACACGGUGAAGAACAACCUGCUGGAGAAGGACAAGGGGCUGCAGAAGUACUUCGUCGACAUCAACAUCCAGAACAAGAAGCUGGAGACGCUGCUGCACAGCAUGGAGGUGGCACAGAACGGCGCGGGGCUGAAGGAGGAGGGGGCUGCUGAGUCGGCGGGGGGAUCCCCGGCGAGAUCCCUCACCCGCAGCUCCACCUACACCAAGCUGAGCGACCAGGCGGGCGGCGAGCGCACCGUGGGCGGAUCGCAGACCAUCUCGGUGGACGAAGGGGCCGACAGCGGCUUUGCUGGGGGGGACGAAGCUCCCGGCCGCCCGGACUUGUUAGAAGGGGGGGAGCCCUGCGGGCGGCUGCCGCCCAGCUCCACCUACGAGAAGCUGCUGGGGCUGCGGGGCGGCGUAGAGGCGGGCGUGCAGGCCAGCUGCAUGCAGGAGCGCGCCAUCCAGACGGACUUUGCGCACUGCCAGCCCGACCUGGACACCCUCCUGGAGAAGGUGAUGAAAUCCCAAGCGUGCAGCUUGGGCAGCCCCACCUCGGUUUGGGUGUCCGAGAUGGAAGACGUGGCGCCGGGCUGCGAGAUGCCGAACCCCGCCGGCGUUAUGGACCUGGAGCCCGAGGACGGGGAGGUGCCCCACAACCCCACCGUGCAGCAGCCCCCCAGCGCCGGCCCUUCGGUGGCCAUCGCCUGCGCUCCCGAGGAGGAUGCGACAGCGGAGCCGGGCUGCGACGGCGCUCCAUCCAAGAGCUAUUGGAGCCGCCACUUCAUCGUGGAUCUGCUGGCCGUGGUGGUGCCGGCUGUGCCCACGGUGGCGUGGUUGUGCCGCUCGCAGCGCCGCCAGGGCCAACCCAUCUACAACAUCAGCUCGCUGCUGCGCGGCUGCUGCACCGUGGCCCUGCACUCCAUCCGCAGGAUGGGCUGCCGCGCCGUCAGCAGCCCCAACCCCGGGGGCGGAGCGCAACCCUGA